AUGAGCGAUGAUGCGUUAUUCGCUUGGGAUUGCGAAACGUAUUCAGAAAAAAACAGUCGAAGAGCAAUUCCUUUAGAAAAACUGAGAAAAAAGUUAGAAACGAUAAAAAAUAUCUUUCCAAAUAUAAAUCCUACUGAUAAUGUUCCAGAAGAAUUUUAUGAUAAACUAAUGAAUGUAGUAGAACUAUUUGUAGGUACAGAUUGUAUAGAUCGAAUGUUGAAAUAUUUAGGUCAAUAUGAUAGAAAGAGAUUAAUAUUAAUUUAUCACAACGGUAGUGGAUUCGACAACUGGAUCGUGCUUAAAAAUGCAAAAAAACUAACGCAUUGCCCUUUAAAAACACCCAGAGGAAUUCUAUCUUUUCCUUUAUCUAAUCCAUACACGGAUGAAGAUUUACAGAAAAAAUGGAAAAGACAGAAAGAAAUAAAGGGUAAUUAUUUACAACAUAUUAAUUUCACGUGUUCCUACCAACACGAAUCCUCUAGUUUGGCUGCAAGGGGAAAUUCUUCCAAUCUCCCAGCGAAUUUGAGAAAGAUUGCCGACGUAGAUAUCGCUAAAUACACGCAAGACAACUGGGAGGAAUUGAGACACGACAAGAGAGACACUCUCUGUUUGGGAGCUUGUUUGAUAAAAUACAACCAAGUCACGAAAGAAGUUGUAAACCAGAAUAUGUCCAAUAAUCUAACGGCUCCAUCUUUAUCUUUAAAGGGUUGGUAUUAUUUAUAUCAUUACGAUAAAGAAAUGGUGGAAGAAGAAUGGUAUGAAACUACUAGAAUGGUUGCGAAACAUACCGAAAAAGAAAACGUAGAAAAAGUUUAUUCGCACACUAAUCCUUUUAUAAGAAAUUUUAUCAGACGAUCUAUCAAAGGAGGAAGAGUUUCGGCAAAUAGAAAAUCAUUUGAAACGAACAAAAUGGAUGAAAUUUGUAACGUAUUAAAGGAAUAUAUUUCACAAAGUGAAACACGAAGUGACACAGAACUUGAAAGUAAUAACAUAAUUGAUUUAUUCAAAGAAUACAGCGCAAGCACAAAAGACAAAACGGAGGUUCAUUCGAGACUUAAAAAAAUAGAAUGUACUAAACUAAUGGCAUUUGAUGCUAACGGUUUAUACGCUUCCGCCAUGUCGGAUUUAGACAGUGAAUAUCCGAGAGCGGAAAGUGGAAGACCGUUUCUACCAGAAGAAGAAGAAAAGAGAAUUUGUAAAACUCUUCAAUAA